GAGAGACAGAGGAGAGGCUGGGACAAAGGCACAACGGAAGGAGGCAGAGGCAGGGCAAACACCGAGACGCAGCCAGAGUCCUACCGAGAGAGAAGCUUUGGGCAGGAGAAAGACAGGGCAGGGCACAGGAGGAGAGUUUGGAGAAGCGACCCCUGAGCGGCUCACUUAAUUAGAAGGGUUAAGUUUUCUCCGUCUCCCGUGAAGGUCCUCAUUCCCUCUGAAAACUGCCUGUGGCCUAGCGCGAGGGAGCCCUAAGCUUUAGACAGGAGCUUUCUGUAGCUAGGGUGUAGAGGACCUGGUCCCUGCCAGCAGCAGCCCCUGUGCCAUGUCCCUUGCAGGCUCACAUCCCGGGAGGGGCCUGGCCAGGCGCGAGCCGCGGAAAGUCCAACCCCGCCUGCUGCCCCCCGCGGCACCUCUCUUAGGGCUGCUGCUGCUGGUCUCCCUCCUGCCUUCAGCCCGGCCGGCCAGCCCCCUCCCCCGGGAGGAGGAGAUCGUGUUUCCCGAGAAGCUCAACGGCAGCGUCCUGCCUGGUUCGGACGCCCCGGCCAGACUCUUAUAUCGCUUGCCGGCCUUUGGGGAGACGCUGCUGCUGGAGCUGGAGCAGGAUCCCGGCGUGCGGGUCGAGGGACUCACUGUGCAGUACUUAGGCCAGGCGCCUGAGCUGCUGAGCGGAGUGGAGCGGGGCACCUACCUGACCGGCACCAUCAAUGGAGAUCCGGAGUCGGUGGCAUCCCUGCACUGGGACGGGGGAGCCCUAUUAGGGGUGUUGCAGUACCGAGGGGCUGAGCUCCACCUCCAGCCCCUGGAAGGGGGCACCCUUAACUCUGCUGGGGGGCCAGGAGCUCAUAUCCUUCGCCGGAAGAGUCCUGUCAGCGACCAGGGUCCCAUGUGCAAUGUCAAGGCUCCUCCUAGGAGUCCCCAUCCCAGCCCCCGAAGAGCCAAGCGCUUUGCUUCACUGAGUAGAUUUGUGGAGACCCUGGUGGUGGCCGAUGACAAGAUGGCAGCAUUCCACGGAGCAGGACUGAAGCACUACCUGCUGACAGUUAUGGCAGCAGCCGCCAAGGCCUUCAAGCACCCAAGCAUCCGCAACCCUGUCAGCUUAGUGGUGACACGACUGGUGAUUCUGGGGUCAGGCCAGGAGGGGCCCCAGGUGGGGCCCAGUGCCGCCCAGACAUUACGCAGCUUUUGUGCCUGGCAGCAGGGCCUCAACACCCCCGAGGACUCGGACCCUGACCACUUUGACACUGCCAUUCUGUUUACCCGUCAGGACCUGUGUGGGGUCUCCACUUGUGACACCCUGGGUAUGGCCGAUGUGGGUACUGUGUGUGACCCAGCUCGGAGUUGUGCUGUGGUGGAGGACGAUGGGCUCCAGUCAGCCUUCACUGCUGCACAUGAGCUAGGCCACGUCUUCAACAUGCUUCAUGACAACUCCAAGCCAUGCAGCAGUCUGAAUGUACAAGGAAGCAAGUCCCACCAUGUCAUGGCCCCCGUGAUGGCACACGUGGACCCUGAGGAGCCCUGGUCCCCCUGCAGUGCCCAAUUCAUCACGGACUUCCUGGACAAUGGCUAUGGACACUGUCUCUUAGACAAGCCAGAGGCUCCCCUGAGUCUGCCUGUGACUUUUCCUGGCAAGGACUAUGACGCAGACCGCCAGUGCCAGCUGACCUUUGGGCCUGACUCGCACCACUGUCCACAGCUGCCACCACCCUGUGCUGCUCUCUGGUGCUCUGGCCACCUCAAUGGCCAUGCCAUGUGCCAAACCAAGCACUCACCUUGGGCCGACGGCACCCCCUGUGGGCCCACACAGGCCUGCAUGGGCGGUCGCUGCCUCCAUGUGGACCAGCUCAAAGACUUCAAUGUUCCACAGGCUGGUGGCUGGGGUCCUUGGGGCCCAUGGGGCGACUGCUCUCGGAGCUGUGGGAGUGGUGUCCAGUUCUCUUCCCGGGAUUGCACAAAGCCUGUCCCCCGGAAUGGUGGAAAGUACUGUGAAGGCCGUCGCACUCGCUUCCGCUCCUGCAACACUCAGAAUUGUCCAACUGGCUCAGCAUUGACCUUCCGUGAGGAGCAGUGUGCUGCCUUCAACCAUCAUAAUGACCUCUUAAAGAACUUCCCAGGACCUAUGGACUGGGUUCCUCGCUAUGCCGGUGUGGCCCCCCGGGACCAGUGCAAACUCACCUGCCAGGCCCAGGCCCUGGGCUACUACUAUGUGCUGAAACCACGGGUAGUAGAUGGGACUCCCUGUUCUCCAGACAGUUCCUCAGUCUGUGUCCAGGGCCGCUGCAUCCAUGCUGGCUGUGACCGCGUUAUUGGCUCCAAAAAGAAGUUCGACAAGUGCAUGGUGUGCGGCGGGGAUGGCUCUGGCUGCAGCAAGCAGUCCGGCUCCUUCAAAAAAUUCAGAUGUGGUACUGCCUGGGGCGGUCAGCUUGCACUACAGCGGGGCCACUGCAGCCUCAGAGACCCUGUCAGGCCAUGGGCCACUGGCCCAGCCCUUGACGCUACAAGCCCUGGUGGCUGGCCACCCACAGAAUGUUCGCCUUCGGUACAGCUUCUUUGUGCCCCAGCCAGUCCCUUCCACACCACGCCCGCCUCCGCAGGACUGGCUACACCGCCGGGCACAGAUUCUGGAAAUCCUCCGGCGGCGCCCCUGGGUGGGCAGGAAAUAACCUCACCAUCCCGGCAGCCCUUUCUGGGAGCCGGGGCCUCGGACUCAGCUGGGAAAAUGAGGGGGCUUCUGCUGCCGCCUCAUGCUAAGACACAGCGGGGAGGGACUGUGGGUGUGGCCCACCCUCCUCUCUGGCCUGCUGUGCAGGCUGGCCUUGCCCCUGUCUCCUGCCCUGGGGGAUAGGGAUGGGUUAGUGCAGGAAAGGGGCUAGGAGACAGUCUCCUCUUCCCUACUGGCCACAGGUGGCAAGGGGAAGGCAGGGUGAGUCCUGGGCCCCGAUUGUAUUUAUUAAGUAUUUAUUCACUUUCAUUUAGCACCAGGGAAGGGGACAAAGACUACAGACCUGGGGAAACUGACCUCCUCAUAGCACUUGCCCUGGCUCGGCAAUCCAGGGUGUCAAUGAUAAGUGUAAGUGGUGUGUGUGUGCGUGCGUGCGCGCGUGCAUGCGUUUGUGUGUGUGUGUGUGUGUGUGUGUGUGCUUAUGUAUGAGGUACAACCUGCCCUGCUUUCCUCUCUCUGAAUUUAAUUUGCUGGGAGAGGAAAGGCCAAGGGUAGGCUAGGCCUUCAGGGAGUGACAGAUGAUCAUAUUUGUAAGAUGUAUGUUGAAUUCUGCUAUUUAUGUGCUCCUUUUGAGUCAAAUAUGGAUUGCAUCUCGGCUCCAUGACUCUGAGCAUUGGUUUUCUAAUUUUCCAAUAAUAAUACCUCCUUAGAGAUUCAUUGUUGUGUGGAUUAAAUAAUGUAAAUAAAGAACUAGCACAAUG